GUUGCUGGCUUCAGUCAUUGCUAGUGGAUUUUCCUUGGUCCUUCUUGAUAGAGCAAGAAAGCAUGCAGGGGAGAAGUCCGCCCAGCAUCCACUUGGUGCCUCCCAGCUUCAAGGAAGCCGAAAGCCAACCCUUCCACAGUGACUCUCCUGGCCGCUCACCAGGCUCAACCACUGCCCCUGGGGAGUCACCAACAUCACCAGGCUUCAGCCCCUUGCCCUCCCCGCGAUCACGGAGGCCUUCCGUGGAUCUGCGAGAGCUGGACUCGGAAGGCGAUGUGUAUUCAGCUGUGGAAAGCCCAGACUUCCAGGACUGCUCAACAUUGCACGAUGCGCUCCAAGAGUCCUUAGACUCCAUGACCGGCGCAUGCAGCCGGCUGCGGGGUGAUGAUAUGAUCAGUGUGAUCGAAGAUGGCGAGAUGACGGUUCUUGCAUUCGCGCCUCCAAGAAGAUUCGAAGAACAGGAGAUUGCCAGAUCGUUGAAACGCAGUGAGAAUUUGGCUGCGGACAUCCUCGCGAUGGACGACAAGGUGCCAUACAGCGGGGACAGCACCAACAGGGUGCAGACACUGGAGCGGCAGUUGCUUGAGAAGGACCUAGAGCUUGUGGCUUUGCGGCGAGACUUGCAUGAGGCACGGCAAGCUGCAGCUUCGGCUAAGGCAAAGCUAUGCCGAGCGCAAUCUACAUUGCGAAUCCGAGACGAGAUGCUGAAAGCCAAAAAUGAGGACAUCUCCGAACUCCACAUGGAGCUGCACGCAGCAGCUCGUCAAGUGGCCAGCUUCUCCAGAAAUCGGCGCCCCGAACGGCCUGAGGACGAGAACUUGAAGGAGUUGAGCUUCUUGAGGCGGCAAUGCAAGUUGCUGGAGGAGAUGAACCAAGAGUUGCGACAAGACCAAGAGCCGCACCCUGUCACGUCAGGAUCUGGAUCCAGGGGAUCCAGUCCACAGUACACACAGGACAUUCCAUCCGAGCCUGUUGCAAGCAAAGCUCCCGAGAAGGACAAGGAAGCCAACAGUGGCCCAUUGCCCAGCAUCAGCCGGGCAGCCGUGAGGGCCAUGGCAUGAGGUCCCAACCUGGGCGGCACGUGAAUUGCAUGAGAUGCCUCUUGACCUUGUUAGCCUUGCGUAGUUUAGGUUUUUUCCACAAGGUUCUGUGACUGUCCUGCACAUUGCAUGGGAGUCGCUGUUGUAGACCGAUUCAGCUGCCCACUGUCUUCACAAUCAAUUGGCCUAAAAUCUUGUCGUUUGAUAUGUACAGAUCAAAGUCAGUGGGCAAGGCUGAGAUGUGUACGAUUAAUAAAGCUUGGCUACGUCGUAUUUGCGAACCGGAAGUAGAAGUCCAAGCAUUGCAUCGCAUUGCUAUAUUGUUGUUUUUAAAGAUUUUAAAGCCUUGCUCGAAUUACCUGGAGAUUUAGCUCUAGGCAGCUUGAGUCCGGGUCAUGCGCCGCACGUGGGUGUGGCCACCAGUAGUGUGCGUGCCACUGGGAAAUCUUCGCACCGGUGUGACACGCAGGACACUCGUGGCGCGUACAACGCGUGUUUUGUUCGGUGCCACCGGGUGACCCGGAGAGAACCGAGAGAAGUGAACUCGGUGCUUCGGGGCGCCGUAUCAUACUGAGCCAUCAGCUACUCUCGAAGUAGCGUUUCCUGGGCGAAGAGGAGUUUCGUUCGUUUGUUUGUUGAGUCUCUCGACGGGCCAUUUUCCGCCAAUUCACCAUUUAAUGCUUGCUGUUGACCUCUUCUGUGAGCAGACGUGGCCAGACAUUCAGUCGAACACCAAACACCCAGUAGGUCAGGUGUUUUGCUUGAGAGGUCCCAGGUGCGACCCGAUUACCUGUGACCAGCUCAGAGCUGAUGCGGGGAUCUAACUUGAAGACAACCACAGCUACUUCGCAGGAAAUUCACUCAGACUGGCCAGAUGAGAGCCCAGAAAUGAUGACUGCACGCUGACCGCCCCCACGCACAUGUUGAAAGGUACUGAGCAUGCAACCAAUCGGGACCAAUCAAAUGAUUUGUCUUGGCCAAGUGAAUAAUCGGAUGCAGCAUGAUGCACACCCAAAUUUAUCGAUUGCACACUUCGAAGCGGAUUUGAUUGCGGCAUGCUUUGUGUUCGGUUGGCCACUG